CAUGAAACGCACAGAUAGAAGUGAAGCAAAUAAUCGUCGGAUGUCUCUUUUUCGUGUUUGGCAGGCGUGGUAGUGCCUAGAAGGGUGUGCGCCUUGUUUACAGUUUGUUAUUAGUGUUUGAAACUGUCAAAUGCAAUCAUGUUGAUUUCGUCGGAUAAAAAUGAAUCCGCAAGUAAUGGAUUAUCACUUAAUUUUACUCCCGAUUCUCAUGAGAAACCGCAACAAAAUGGGUUUCACAUUCCAGUGCAGAAUGGGAGCAUAGCAACUUGCACUCAGAAGCCUGUCAAGCAACUUAAAGAAGAAUUUGAAGAGACACCUUUUAUAAUUGUUUUAUAUAUAUAUUUGUGUUAUGCUGUCCUUACUGUAUUUGGAUACCUCCGAGACUUAUUACGUAGUAUUGGGUUGGAACGAAACUUUAUGGCUAAAGAAGUUAACAGAGAAGGUUAUGUGUCCUUGUAUCAAAGUUUUGAGAGCUUCUAUACUAGAAAUGUGUAUAUGCGGAUAAGAGAUUGUUUGAAUAUGCCGAUAUGCAGUGUUCCUGGUGCUCUAACGAAAAUGAAGGAGAGAGUCACUCAUGAUUAUAAUCUGACAUUCCAGUUCACUGGUAAAUCAUUUGAUGUCAUUAACAUGGGUUCAUACAAUUACCUUGGUUUUGCAGAAAAUAAUGGAAAAUGCGCUGAGCCUGUUAGAAAAGCCAUACAGAACCAUGGAAUUGCAAUUUGUAGCACUAGGCAUGAACUGGGAACCACUCUAUAUCACCAAGAAUUGGAGAAACUAGUUGCAGAGUUUGUUGGAGUUGAGGACAGCAUUAUUAUAGGUAUGGGUUUUGCCACCAAUUCCACAAAUUUACCUUCAAUAAUUUCCAAAGGAUGUUUAAUACUUAGUGAUGAGUUAAACCACGCCUCCCUUGUUCUUGGUUGUCGACUUUCUGGAGCUAAAAUCAGAGUCUUCAAACACAAUGACAUGAAAGAUCUUGAACGAAAUAUUCGAUCUGCCAUAGUAUCUGGUCAACCAAGGACCAAACGACCCUGGAAGAAAAUUAUUAUAAUUGUUGAAGGAGUUUAUAGUAUGGAAGGCACUAUUACUAACCUGCCAGCUUUGAUUGCAUUGAAAAAGAAAUAUAGAUGCUAUUUGUAUGUUGAUGAAGCCCACAGCGUAGGAGCGCUUGGACCGAGAGGACGUGGUGUCGUUGAUUACUUUGGAUGUGAUCCCAAAGAUAUUGAUCUGCUUAUGGGAACAUUCUCCAAAAGUUUCAGUGCAGCUGGGGGAUACAUAGCUGGAUCUCGGGAUGUUAUCAAUCACCUGAGAACACAUAGCUACAGCUUUUACUAUGCUACUAGUAUGUCAGCAGCAAUUGCUGUACAAAUCUUAACAUCUAUGAAGAUAAUAAUGGGAAAAGAUGGAACAAAUGAAGGUAUGAAACGAAUCCAAAGACUUGAAAAAAAUACUCAUUACUUCCGUCAAAAACUGAAGCAGAAAGGUUUUAUAAUUUAUGGCAAUGAUGAUUCACCUGUUGUUCCUUUAAUGCUUUAUUUUCCAUCCAAGAUUGCGGCUUUUGUACGUCUACUACAAAGAGGAGGUAUUGCUACAGUAGGUGUGGGUUUUCCAGCUACAUCACUUACGACAGCUAGAGCAAGAUUUUGUAUGUCAGCUGCUCACACAAAGGAAAUGUUAGAUAAAGCUUUAGAUGUUGUUGAAAGCGUUGGAUAUCUAAUAAUGGUGAAUUAUUCCAAGAAAAAGAGAUCUCAAGAAGAAAUCUUAUACUAGUCUAAGGAGAAAAAUUAGUUAAUUUAAAAACCAAGUGCCUUGGUGCGCCACAAGUGUUCUAUUUAAUGUCCAGUAAUAUUAAAAUACUAUUUGGAGAAAAAGCAAAGUCAUUGCUUCUUUAUGACUGGCUUAUCCCUUCUAGUUAAUAUAGAAUUGUUCAAAGUAUACUAGCUUUAUUUAAAAAAAUCUACAUGAGCUCUCUAGAUAAUAUAUUUACACCAAAUCAACCAAAUAUAUAAAUGCAUUCCUUUUAUUUUGGUGCCAUGCAGAUUGCUUUAUUUUUCUGUUGCUUAUUUUGUAAAGUAGAUCUAGUUUGUUUAUCUAGAGCUGGUAUUUUCCACUUUGCCAAAUAGCUUUAAGCAGAAAAACUCCUAUUUAAUUGUUGUUUUAGUUAGAAUUCUAUUUUUACUAAAAUAUUUUAUUUUUGUUAUCAGAACUAACAUUGCUUUUUAAACUGUGUUUUAAAUUUUUCACUUAUUGGAAGUACUUUAACAAUCACCAGCAUUUGCUAGUACAGUUGAAUCUUUAUUAUCCAAGCUAAUCUCACCUCCUGAAAUUCUAUUGGCUGAUAAGAUCAAAAAUAUGAUAGUCUUAAUGUAAAAAUAAACAUUGAAUAAAUAAAAAUAGAACUAGAGAGAAAAACUAUGUAUAAAACAUUUAGUUUUGCUCAAAGGAUCACAUCAAAAUAUUUCACUUUUGAAAUUAAAAUCUAGAACUGUGAUAUAAAUAAGCUUAGCGUAUUUGAUAUAUUAAUUUGUUUCUUUUUACUCAUAAUAAAAAAAAAUUGAUAGUUUAGAUUCUUAAAUUUCCUUCAGCCUAUUUUUUAAUAAUUCAACGUUAGCCAUUUUUCUUUUUUCAAGUGUAAAAAGUAAUUGAAGGCAUUAUGGAGUGUUAAUUGUAAAUGUAAUUGAAAUUUAUAAUAAUAUCAGUUUUGCCAGUUCAGAAUAUCUUGAACUUUAUUUUUCAGAAAAGUUCUUAACACAAUAAAUGAACUCUUGAUUUAACUUUGUUGCCCCCCCCCCACGCACACACAUAAAAAGCAGCUACAGAAUGCAGUGGACUGCAUUCUUCUCUAGCUAACCAUGUGUCCAGAUUAUAAACUAGUAAAAUCGAAAUUCAAGAUUACAACUUAUGUUAAUUCUUUCUUUUGUAUUAAUUAAAUUAUUAAUACCCUAUUGUAAAAUGAUUCUAGAUUUCACAUAAUCUUUUCAUCAAGGUUUGCAUAAAUUUGAUCCUCUAAGAUUAUUUUAUUAAGGGUGUCCAAGUUUAAAUAUAUCGUAUAAUUUGAGUACAACCAAAAUAUAAUAUUAAUUUUAUGUUAAAUAAAUUUUUAAUUUUUUUACUAAAUACAAUUAUUAAGUUAUAGUAUUUAAGUGAUGAACUUAAAGAAAAAAAUGAAACUUAAUUGAUAAAAGUCAAGAAAGAUCAAAGGCUCCCUCAAUAUCAAGACCAAUUGAAGCAGAAAUAAACUUAUGAUCUUUGAAUGAGCCACAUGUGCUACAGUUUGAUUAGCUAACUAAAAAAAGAUUGUACUGCAAGAGUGCUGAUGAUUGUAAAAGACUUUAAGGCAAAACUAUUCACUAGCACAAUUUUUUAUUGAUAGUGCAUCAGAAUGUAUUUAUUUGUUUGGCUAUUACUGAUAUUGUAUAGUAUUUUACUCUACAUAAUCCAUACAAUUUAAAAAUAUUUUUGCCUGAUAAAAUAACGGACAUAUAUUUUAUCACAUACUCUUAAUUAUUGUGCCUAUUUGCAUGUCCACUUCUAAACUGCCAGGACUGUAGGAGUUCUUAUCACAAAGAGUGUGUAUAUUUUUUGGUACUCAUUCCUUCUGAAUUAUCAGUUAAAUUGAGGUGAUAAAAAAAAUCAAAGUGCUUGAUGAUGUCUUGUGUGCUACAAAUUAAAACUUCUUGUGUAUUUAAAAAACAGUCAUUGACUUAAUUUUUAAAAAAUACUGUCUCAUAGUCAUAUCUAAUCAUCAGAAAGUCACAAAUGUUACCUGUAAAAUUUUGUUUCAUGGAAGGGUACGUUGCACAUUAAAUUUUUUGUCUUAAGAAAUUCUUAUCUGUUUUUAUAAAUUGGUGCUUUAGUUGAAAAGGUUCAAUUUUGAUUUUGUUCGGAAUUCAUUUGUUUGCAUUAUUGUAUCAUCUGCGUGUCAUUGUGUUUUUGUAUUCAAAUCGGGGAGAAAUUGUGUUCAAAAUGUUAGCAAUUAAAAGCAGCAUUGAUUGCAAAAGUAAAAUUUUUUAUUGGAUUCUGAAAUAACUUCAUAGAGUGCUUAAGUUGUUAAAAACUAUUAUAAAUUGUAUAAAAAUGUUGAAAACAUAUUAUAAAAUUUUAAAUACCUUCCUAAUUUUUUGAACAUUUUAGUUUGAUAAAAAGUAUUAUUUCGAAUUAAAUGAACUAUUUUUUAAUAAUUUAUUCUAAUUAUUUUAAAUAGUGUAAAUUAAUGGAAUACAUUUUCUUCUGUAAUAUAAUAUUUAAAAAAUUGGAGCCCUGUUAUGUAUAAUGCAGGAGAUCUUAUUUUACUUCUGUAAAUGUGCACAUACUAUAGAAGUUUUUGGUAUUGUGAAAUUAAAGAAUGCCUUGUAUGUAAUUGUACUUAGAAAUUGCUCAGGGUUUUUGUUUGUUAAAAAAUAACUAUUUUUGUAGUUCUUGCUCAAAUCAAAAUUUAGCUUAAAAUUCAAAAGAAUUUUGUUAUUAAUGUCAUCUAAGAUUUUAUGUUGAUAAUGUGUGACUGUUUCAUUGUAACUGUUUGCUUGGGUAUCAUUUUUAUUUCUAGUUGGAACAAAAUUUCAAAUAAAAAUGUGCUUAAUUUCAUUUUAUAUUAAAUUUGAGCUUUUGAAAUUUUCUACCAUUUUAUCUAGUCAAUUUGAAUUAACUUUUUAAACAGUCAUUAAUUAAGAAAAUAUUUUUAAUUAAUAUUUUGUUAUUAAGGUUUUGCUUAUGCAAUUUAGGUAGAGGUAUGCUAACCUGUUUUUUUUGGGGGGGUGGGGUUCAUUUUUUACUCAUUUUAAAUUUGCACAUUUCAAUUUUCACAAUUUUUUGCAUUUUUAGACUUAAGAAAAUUCUCUUUACUCCCAAACUCUUUUCAAAUUAAAAAUUCUUUAAAAAGCUCUAUUAUAUUUUGUUGUAUUAAUCUGCUAACCUUCACAAAAUGCUCUAUUCUAUUUCUGCAAAUUCUAACUUAUGCUGGUAAUAUCUAUCAUCAUGUUAUUUAAAUCUUCAUAUCGUAAUAUGAAGUUUUAAAAAAUUUUAAGAUAUUAGCAUUGGUUUCAAUAACUUUCAAAAUUAUUUUUUAAAUAUUUAAAUUCUUUGUCAGUUUACAAUUUUUUCAGCAAGCUAGUAAAAUUAAGUUAAUUAUCAUUAAUGUGAGUAAGUUUAAAUUUACUAUCUUAAAGUUAAAAUUACCACUUUGUUUUUUUAAAUGUUUUUAGAUGUCAUUUAACAUGUUCUGCCAAACUUUUAAACUAAAUAAUGGCAUUUGAAUUAUUAAGAGUUUUGAAUUAGUUUUCCUGCUUUGCUGAACAUUUUUUUUCUAGCUCUAAUGAUAUAGCAGAUAUAUAAAAUUAAAAACCUAACAUUUCAUAUGCAUUUACCUUUUUGAUCAAACUUAUGUGUAAAUCAAAGUUGGCGUGUUACUUAUGUAUUAAAUGUUGAUUACAUUCCUAAAAAAAGUCUCUUGCACAAUACUUUUUGUAUAUUUUUACAUUUAAUUUGUGAUUUUUAAAAAAUAAUGUAUUAAAAAAUGUUUAGAGAUCAUGAAGGUGGAGAACUACAUUCCAUUUAAAUUACUAAUUCUGAAUGCUGUAAAGCUUAUUUUUCUGUGAACUGUUUAAAAUAUUUAUAUAUAUACAUAUAAAGUUAUAAAAUAUAUUAUACAAUAGUGCCUUUGUGCGUUUAAACUUAAAGAAAUAUGCAACUACACAAAAAUUUAAAAUAAAUUAUCUAUUAAUCCCGUAUAUAUAUAUAUUGUUGAUUAUAUCUGACUCAACUGUGUGUUAUUGAUAAAAAUUUUACUAGUUGUUCACCUCUUACUUCACGUUUGGAUUGUACGUGUUUACUGCCUUAAAUUGAUGAAAUAUCAAUCAAUUAUAACCAGCAUCAAGAAGCUUAGUGUUUCAGGUUUAAAUUAGUUAAUGUAACCUGUAGAAUAUAAGUUUUAUGCUCUUUGCUUACAAUAUUUUUGUCUAUUUUAGUUAGUGUUUUAAUUAUGAAAGCUUGGUUUUCUAAUUAAUUUAAACAGCUUUCAUUUUUUUAUACAUGUAUGUAGUUUUUUUAUUUAUUUAUACAUUCCUUUCUGUAGAAUGUCAGUGCUGGGGCAUAUUUUUACAGUGUGACUUAUGCUGUGUACAGAUGUACACUUUCUUUUUACAAAAUUUUGUUUUUAGAUGUUUUUUUUUUAGAAUUCCAAUUAUUGUUUUCUGAACAGCUUGUGUGCUGAUUUACAUUCCAUUCAAAUGUUUCUUAAUAGUUCAAUUGUGAAUGAAUGAUUUCAGUACAUGUUGUGUGAGCAGACUGAAUGCAAUAAAAGCGAGGGAAAAAAAUA